UUGCCUGCGCACUUGCUUUUCGUCUGAGAGAAUGGCUGUGUCGUCGCUGUCUGGACUAGGGGGCGUGAUGGUGCGGCCGCUAGGCGCUGCGGAGCCCGUAGAUUUGGGCUCGUUUCUGGGGCGGGUGGUACUGGUUUCCAAUGUGGCCUCGCUUUGAGGCACCACGAGCCGGGACUUCACCCAGUUCCACGAGCUGCAGCGGCGCUUUGGGCCCCGCGGGUUUACGGUGCUCGCCUUCCCAUGCAACCAGUUCGGCCACCAGGAAAAUGCUACCAAUGAAGAGAUCCUGAAUUCAUUGAAGUUUGUCCGCCCAGGCAAUGGGUAUGAGCCUAACUUCCCUGUGUUUGAUAAGUGUGAGGUGAAUGGAGCAAAUACACACCCACUUUUCAGAUUCUUGAAGGAAGCAUUGCCUUUCCCACAUGAUGACCAGGUAUCACUCAUGACCAACCCACAGUGCAUCAUCUGGUCUCCUGUGUGCCGCAAUGACAUCGCAUGGAAUUUUGAGAAGUUCCUUAUCGGUCCUGAUGGUGUGCCUUUCAAACGAUACAGCAGGCGGUUCGAAACUAUCAAGAUCCAGGAUGAUAUUGAAAAGCUUCUUCAGCAAGUUUCAUAGAAUCAACCGACCGUCUUGCAGAAAUUUCCUCUUGUCAUAAAGAGCUACAGUGCAAUUUCUAUCUACGUCUUGGACUGGCUUUACACAUUGUCACUUUAAUAGGUACCAGUUCAAGAUCUGCUUUGCAUACUCCUGUCAGGACCAAAAUAUACAAGCAUCAGUUUUAAAUUCAUGUACACCACAGAAUCGUAUGCCAGGAAGCCAUGUGGUGUGGCUGUUCAGUAUAUGUUUCUGUGGUGUGCAUAUUUAACUUGAAACAUUCCAGAUUAAUGUGUCUACAAUGGAGGUCUUGCAUUGGUGUAAUGCAGGGGUCCCCAGCCUUUUUGAGCCUGCAGGCACCUUUAGAAUUCUGAUACAGGUUGUUGGGUGGAACCACAACAUGACUGCUGCAGGAAGUGGAGGCAAAUAUGAAAUGUCAGGGAGUGAGGUGAAACACAACUAAUAGCAAGUCUUCAACAUUUCAAGCAGAAGCACUGUUUAACAGAAAGCCUUUUUAAGAGGAACAUACUGUUUCAAAAUGUUUUCUUGCACAGCUGCAACUUACCUUCAGUCAUGCAGUGAAAAUCCUUGUGAUGGCAGAUGUUGUCAAAGCAACAUUUUA